GCCAAUUAAAAUUGACAAGAGAGAGGAGAAGGAAAGGCGGUGGUUUUAUAAUGCAAUCAAACUCAUCGAACCAUUACAACACUCAACCCUAACCAACAAACGAUGGGGAACAAGAGGUUCAGGUCUGAAAAUGCAGCAGGCAAGCCAAGUUCCGUCGAAGCUACUAGGAUCUGGGCUUCUAAGGUCAUCGAAGACUUUCGUGCCUCCGGUAACGAAGUUUACACGUUUGGGCAUAAUCUCUCAAACACCGAACGUGGCGUGAUUCACCAGAUGUGUCGGAAAAUGGGUAUUCAAUCCAAAAGCUCUGGGCAAGGGAAUCAAAGGCGUCUUUCGAUAUUCAAAGACAUGUACAGAAAUGGGAAGAACAAAGGAGCUAAGGAGAAGUCAAGAAACAGAGAGAAGCUUCGGUGCGUCUCGUUUCCGCCUGAGGCUGAUGCUAUUCUCCAGGAGUUGUUUACUUAUUAUCCACCCUGUGACGGAGAUACUGCUGCUACGUCGUUCAACAAGUACGUAGGCAACUCUGGUAAACAAGGGCAGUGGAAAGAUGAUUUUUUUAGGAAGCCGCUGAUGAGCGGUGAUGAGAUCUUGGACAAGGUGGCGUCUUUGAGUUCUAGGCUGAGGAGUGAUAGAGCUCUCCAGGAGAUCUCUAAGUUGCGGUCAAGGCUUCCCAUCACAUCGUUUAGAGAUGCUAUAACAUCUGCAGUUGAAUCCAAUCAGGUUAUUCUUAUUUCUGGUGAAACUGGUUGCGGGAAAACUACUCAGGUGCCUCAAUAUCUUUUAGACCAUAUGUGGGCAAGCAAAAGAGAAACUUGCAAAAUUGUAUGCACCCAACCACGGCGUAUCUCCGCAAUGUCAGUUUCUGAAAGAAUAUCCUGUGAAAGAGGUGAAAGCAUUGGAGACAACAUUGGUUACAAGGUUCGACUGCAGAGCAAAGGUGGAAGGCACUCAUCAGUUGUUUUCUGCACCAAUGGCAUUCUCCUGAGAGUGCUUGUAGGAAAAGGCUCUGGUAGCUAUGUUUCCGACAUAACUCACAUCAUUGUGGAUGAAAUCCAUGAAAGGGAUUGCUACUCUGAUUUCAUGUUGGCAAUUAUAAGGGACUUGCUUCCAUCAAAUCCUCAUCUCCGUCUGAUCUUAAUGAGUGCUACGCUUGAUGCUGAGAGAUUCUCGGGAUAUUUUGGAGGUUGCCCGGUUGUCCGUGUCCCUGGAUUCACUUAUCCAGUGAGAACUUUAUAUUUGGAGGAUGUGCUUUCUAUUCUGAAGUCAGGUGGAGAUAAUCAUCUAAGCUCUGCCAACUUGAGUACACCAGACCAGAAGUUUUAUUUAACAGAUGAAGAUAAACUUGCUUUAGAUGAAGCAAUCAUCUUGGCUUGGACAAAUGAUGAGUUCGAUGCCCUCUUAGAUCUAGUUUCUUCUCGGGGAAGUCCUGAGAUCUACAAUUAUCAGCACCAAUCAACCUUGCUAUCACCACUUAUGGUAUUUGCUGGAAAAGGAAGGAUCAGCGAUGUAUGCAUGCUCCUCUCAUUCGGCGCAGACUGUAACUUAAAGUCCAAAGAUGGUAUGACAGCGUUAGAAAUGGCCGAAACAGAGAACCAGCUAGAAGCUGCUCAAAUCAUCAGGGAGCAUGCAGAAAGCUCUCAGUCUAAUUCUCAGCAAGCACAACAGAUACUCGAUAAGUACAUGGCGACAAUCAACCCGGAGCAGGUCGAUGUGAGUCUUAUACAGCAGCUAAUGAGGAAGAUAUGUGGUGACUCAGAAGAUGGUGGUGCCAUUCUCGUUUUUCUACCUGGAUGGGAUGAUAUAAAUAAAACAAGACAGAGAUUGCUUGACAGCCCUUUUUUCUCGGAUGGUAGUAAAUUCAACAUUAUAUGUCUUCACUCAAUGGUUCCAGCAGGGGAGCAGAAGAAAGUUUUUAGUCGUCCUCCUCGAGGUUGUCGCAAGAUUGUGCUCGCUACGAAUAUUGCUGAGUCAGCAGUGACCAUUGAUGAUGUGGUUUACGUGAUAGAUAGUGGCCAGAUGAAGGAAAAGAGCUAUGAUCCUUACAGUAAUGUCUCAACACUUCAGUCUUCAUGGGUAUCGAAAGCAAAUGCAAAGCAGCGUGAGGGUCGCGCAGGUCGUUGCCAGCCUGGCAUUUGUUAUCAUCUCUAUUCUAGACUUCGUGCAGCCUCUAUGCCAGAUUUUAAAGUUCCUGAGAUUAAGAGGAUGCCUGUAGAAGAACUCUGCUUACAGGUUAAGAUCCUCGAUCCAAAUUGUAAAACAAAUGAUUUUCUCCAGAAACUGUUGGACCCACCUGUUGAUCAAAGUAUUGCAAACGCCUUGAGCAUCCUACAAGACAUCGGGGCCCUGACACCCGAGGAAGAGCUGACAGAACUUGGAGAGAAGUUUGGUCAUCUCCCAGUUCAUCCUCUGAUAAGCAAGAUGCUUUUCUUCGCUGUAUUAGUGAACUGUCUGGAUCCUGCACUUACUCUGGCAUGUGCAGCAGACUACAAGGAACCUUUCACCAUGCCCAUGUCGCCAGUUGAAAGACAGAAAGCUGCUACUGCAAAACUUGAACUUGCGUCGCUCUGUGGUGGCGACAGUGAUCACCUAGCGGUUGUUGCCGCCUUUGACUGCUGGAAAAACGCAAAAGAAAGAGGUCUUGCGGCUGAGUUUUGCUCUCAGUACUUUGUCUCCCCAAGUGCUAUGAAGAUGUUGGAUCAAAUGCGUAGCCAACUUGAGUCAGAACUUAAAAGACACGGGAUCAUUCCUUAUGACAUAUCGAGUUGUAGCCAGAACUCGCGUGAUCCGGGUAUACUCCGUGCCGUCCUAGCUGUGGGAUUGUAUCCAAUGGUGGGGAGAUUGUGCCCAUCUUUUGGUAAUAAUCGAAGAUCUUUGGUAGAGACUGCUAGUGGUGCUAAAGUUCGUGUGCAUUCACUCUCAAACAACUUCAACUUGUCGUCGAGGAAGUAUGAUGAGUCUUUAGUUGUUUUCGAUGAGAUCACACGUGGAGAUGGAGGCAUGCACAUACGAAACUGUACUGUUGCUCGCGAUCUCCCUUUGUUACUGGUCUCAACAGAGAUAGCUGUAGCUCCUACAGAGAGCAGUGAAGCUGAUGAUAGUGAUGACGAGGAAGAAGAAGAUGAAGAAACAGGAGAAGAAGAAGAUGAAGAAGAGGGGAUGAAUAUACUUAAAGAAGAGAGUAGGCGUGAAGAGAACAUGAUGUCUUCACCUGAAAAUUCAGUUAAGUUAGUAGUUGAUCGGUGGCUGCCUUUCAAAACCACAGCCCUUGAAGUUGCUCAAAUGUACAUUUUGCGGGAGAGAUUAACAGCAUCCAUUUUGUUCAAGGUAAGACAUCCACGGGAAAAUCUACCGCCUCAUCUUGGAGCUUCUAUGUAUGCAAUAGCUCGUAUUCUCUCAUAUGAUGGUCAUGCGGGACUUUCAUCUCCAUCGGAGUCUAUGAGGCCAAAACAUUCGAGGACUGAGAUGUAUGAAACUGGAGGAUGGGAAGAAAAGCCAAACUCUUUCCUCAACUCACUCUUUUGGUCUCUGAGUCUGAAAGAGAGCAAGCCUUCUUCUUCUGGUCACGUGAAUAGGAAUCGACAGCAUGGUUUCAACACGGUUCAAACAGAAGUUGCAUCAAUGCAUACGCAGCAAAACAUCAAGCAAAGAAACCCCAAAGCAGCUAACAAUGGUGAUUCGGGUAAGAAAAAAGAGAGAAUGUAUGUUAAUCACACCAAUGGGAUUCACCAGCCUAUUGCUAAGCAAUCAAAGCACAAAUCAGCCAACAGUUUGGGUUUAGGUAACAAGAAAGAGAACAUGCCUUCGGAUCAGGUCUAUGGUAAUCAGCAACCAAACUCAGCUCCAAGAGAAGCUGCCUCACCGGUGGCUAAGCAUCAGAUCAGUAAGAAAACAAAGAACAGGGCAGCCAACAACUCGGAUUUUGGCAAGAAGAAAACACAGUAUGUUCCAAAGAUAGAUCUCCAUAAAAAGGAACGCGAAGACAAAGUAGAACAAAAGGGAAAUGCAUGAAGAACCAAUGGGUUUUGGUUUUGGGUCUCAUGUAGGCACAGACAAAUUGAUGCAUAUCAAACAAUGUGGUGUAUGGUACGUAGGUGGAUGGUUCCUAUCUAUUACGGUGGUUUUUGUUAACAUAUCAAGGCCCAAUUUUUAACCGGCUUCAUGUUGUGACAGUUUCUACUUUCUAGAGUAUGGUUGCCAUGUUACUCAUAAAGACUA